GCGGAAGUGCGCGGCGCCGCGGGGCGGUGCCUCCGUCGAGCGCGGCCAUGGAGCGCGGCCGGCGCGGGGGUCGGCGUGGAACUCGCAGCCUCGAGACUUUCGCGGCGGAAGCGGAGGCCGCGCUGAGAGCUUGCCUGGAGGGCGAGAGGGCCGCCGAUGGGGGCGCUCGGGAGGCCAAGUUCCCCUGCCCUCUUGCCAUGUGGGAGCUCGGACACUGCGAUCCCAAGAAAUGCACCGGGAGAAAACUAGCCCGAAAAGGGUUGCUGCGAUCCCUGCGCCUCCGCCAGAGAUUCCCGGGCGUCGUCCUGAGUCCGCUGGCUACGGAGUAUGUCUCUCCCGCUGACAGGCAUGUCAUUGUUCAGAGUGGAAUUGCAGUCAUAGAUUGCUCAUGGGCCAAAUUAGAAGAAACUCCCUUUAAGAGAAUAAGGGGGAGUCAUCUGCGGUUGUUGCCUUACUUGGUGGCUGCAAAUCCUGUAAACUAUGGUCGGCCGUGCAAGCUGUCCUGCGUGGAAGCUUUUGCUGCAGCGUUUUGCAUUGUUGGAUUCCCAGAUCUAGCCACCAUUCUUCUAAGACAAUUUAAAUGGGGUAAGACAUUUAUUGACCUGAACAAAGAUCUCUUGGAAAAAUAUGCAGGCUGUCAUUGCCAGGAUGAUGUGCUACACAUUGAGAAGGACUUUUUAGCCUGUGUCCAAGAAAAAAAAGAUGAAGAAAUAGAUCCAUUUGAUGUUGACUUAGAAAAAGAAUUUUCUAAUCCCAACAGGCCAUUCAAUUCCUCAGGUCUAGCACAAAGCAAGGAAGACUCUGAGGACAGCGUGAGCAAUCCAGAUGAUGCCACUGAAAGCAAUGAAAGCAUUGAUGAGAGCAGUCCAGAAGAAAUAAAAAUCCCCAAUAAUUCCAAAGAGUUGUAACAUCUUUGUAUAAAGACAUUUUCUUGUGAA